AUGCGUCCCACGCUCCUCCACUGCCUGCUACCAGGCCUGGCCGCAGCUGUCAACGUCGGUCCCAACUAUGAGCAUCACAUAGAAGACCUCGAUGUCGACCUCCCCUUCUCGCAGCCCGUGACGUUUGCCCAUCUCGAGUGGCAGCGCUGCCUGGCCGCGUCGCACGACAAGCCGCUCGACAUUGCCCUGCUGGGAUUCCCCUACGACACCUCCACGUCGUACCGCCCGGGCGCCCGUUUCGGUCCCCGGGGGAUCCGGGCGGGCUCGGCGCGCGAGAAGAAGGGCCGCAGCUACAACACCGUGUGGGGCGUCGACCCGUACGAGCAGGGGCUCGAGAUCAUCGACUGCGGCGACAUUCCCAUUACGCCCUUUGACGCGGCGCACGCGUUCAAGCAGAUGGAGCAGGGCUACCGCCAGGUGCUGUACCACCCCACGUCGGACGCGACGGCGUGGAAGCACCCGCGGAUCAUCAGCCUCGGCGGCGACCACUCCAUUGUGCUGCCGAUCCUGCGGUCCCUCAAAACCGUGUACGGCCCCAUCUCGGUGAUCCACCUAGACUCGCACCUCGAUACGUGGGACCCCUACGAGGGCUACACGGGCAUCCGGUCGAACCAGUCGGCGCUGACGCACGGCACCUUCUUUUGGCACGCGAGCCGCGAGGGGUGCAUCGCCAAGGGCACGAGCGUGCACGGCGGCCUGCGCACUAAGCUGUUCAGCCCCAAAGACUACGAGAUUGACCGCGACGUCGUGGGGUUCACGCUGAUUGAGGCGCACGAGAUCGACGAGAUCGGCAUGGAGGGCAUUGUCGCGCGCACACGGGCGGCCGUGGGCGACACGCCGACGUACCUGUCGAUUGACAUUGACGUCCUGGACCCGAGCAUCGCCCCGGCAACAGGCACGCCCGAGUCCGGUGGCUGGACGACGCGCGAGCUAAAGCGGUUUAUCAAGGGCCUCGAGGGCGUGAACCUCGUGGGUGCCGACGUGGUCGAGGUGAGCCCGCCGUACGACUCGGUGGCCGAGGUGACGUCGAUUGCCGCGGCGGAUCUGAUUGUGGAUAUACUGGCGGCCAUGGUCAAGAGCAAGGACAAGGCGGUGGGGGCCAAGAAGACGCACAAGCUUCCCCGUCAGGGCCAGGGCCUCCCGCCAACCAAGGCGACCGUGGCCCUGCAGCUCCGCCAGGUCCUGCAGCUGCCACACGUCCUGGAUGAUCUGCCACUGCCGCGCAAAGUUGCCAAUCCGGUAGCCAUUGACACGCUCCCACCAGGCGACCCACAGGGGCCGGUCCGCGGGGGCAGCCUCGCAGGCGGCAAUAAAGGCGGGCCACGACAUGGGCGCCGACCGCUUGAGGCCGCCGUGGAAGCGCGCAUAGUAGGCGUCUUUCAAGUCUUCGGCCGUUGUGAGCUGGGCCCAGAUGAUCUGCACCUGGCUGUGGACGUCGACGGACACGGGCGCGGCGCGGCGGUCGUGCAAUCCGUAGGUCUGGAGGGUGCGGUAGUAGUACAACAGGACGGCGCCGUGGAAGGCGCGUGCCUGGCAGCGGGCAAUCUCGCGCAUGGUGUGCCGGCCGGCGUCGUUUUCGUCGUCCUCUAUGAGGCCAAACGGUUCGUCGUCGACGGUCCAGGCGGCGAGUUCGUCCCCGAGCGCAGCGCAGGCUUGCUGCAGGGUGCGGAGGAUCCUGACCCCGGGACACGCCUGGGACAUUUGCUGGUAGUAGGCCAGAUGCUCGGCCAUUUGGCACGUCUUGGCGAGCAUGUUGCCCAGCGCCGGGGUGAUGCCGUACAUGUACUCGACGGCGCGUUCGCUGUCACGGAAGUUGGGAACAUUGAAGGUGGCCGUGGCUGGCUCGCCAGAGCUGUUCUUGCCUCCCACUUUCUCGUCCAUCGUCCACGGCCGGGCAACAAUCACUGGAGACGUCGUACGGGCCAAGAGCGUCAAGAACCGGCAGAUGCUGUAGAUUUGGCUGUUGGCACUGCCGCCGCCAUCGACGAGUUCUUGGUCGAGAAAGUUGGCCGGCUUUUUGAGUUGGUAGCAUGCUUUGAGGUGGACAGGGAAAUCAGAGUCCUCGCCGGCCAUGGUCUACCGCAUUUCGGGACAUCCCUCGAGGGCAAAGGAAAAGUACGUGGUCCGCCACGGGUUCCCAGGGUGGUGGACGGGCUGCAGCAGUUCCGCCACGUGGUUGGUGAAGUGGUAGAGGAGGUGCGCCGUCUGCGAAUCGCGGAAGAGCGGCAUGGACAGACCAAGAUGGGGCGAAGUGUCGACGACAUCGUCGAUAGGAGACGAAGGAUUAACGCACUCUGA